UUUAUUCAGAAGGUUUUGAAAUUUUUGAAAAUGCUGUUUUCACUUUGGACUACGGGAGCUUCACUUGCCAAACAUAUAGACCUUACUACUUUUCUGGUCAUAACGUUGUUGUUUCUAAUCGCCCUCUGUGUAAUUUCCACCCCACGUACCGACAUACCCGGUCCCCUGGCUCUGCCAUUUGUUGGAAACUUGAUAUUUUUUCUUCGCAUGGGCACAAGACACCACGAAGAGUAUUUGCGUUUAAAUAAAACGUAUGGCGACAUAUUUCGACUGUUUUUUGGGAAUCGUAUGUUCAUCACAAUAUGCGGAUAUGAUACUAUUUGUGACGCUUUUGUGAGACAGGGUUCUGUAUUGAGCGACCGCCCAGAGGGGUUAUUUCACCCUGGACCCGGGUAUGAAGAGGCAGCCCCUGGAGUACUUUUCACAAGUGGUGAAGCGUGGAAAAGAAACCGUCGGUUUGCGAUGCAAACAAUGAGAGAUAUUGGUAUGGGCAAAAAGAUAAUGGAAGAGGUCAUUGCAGAUGAAGCGAGUGUUCUGUGUGCCGAUAUCGCCCUUUCCAACGGUAAACCGAUCGACAACAUACGGGACCUUUUGGGCAUGUCCGCCAGUAACAUCGUGCACUAUGUUUUGUUCGGAUAUAGAUGUAAUCAUGAUGACGAGCGGUUUUUGAACACUAUUAAGGCUUCUGAAACGAUCUUCAAAGCACCUAACCUAGGCUUUCAUCUAUUGCCAAAAUUUGUACAAAACUUUAUCGGAACUGGCGAGGAAGAUAGACUAAGGGCUCAGGGCGAUGCAUCCAGUUAUUUAAAGUAUCAGAUUGAAGAGCAUGAGAAAACGUUCAACAGAAACAACAUCAGAGAUCUGGUUGACCAGUUCCUGACAACUAUCCCUCCUGAGGAGGAUUCAAACCAAAAGUUAUUACGUAUGUAUCUUAUGGUGCUGGAGCUGUUUAUAGCCGGAACCGACACGACCGCCACUCAAUUGGAAUGGACGAUCCUGUACAUGAUGGGCUACCCGAAAGUACAAGAAAGAUGUUAUGAAGAAAUAGAGAAAGUUGUAGGACUAAACAGAAGCAUCUACUACUCCGACAGGAAUACUUUACCAUUUGUGGAGGCAACACUCCUGGAAGUGCAAAGAGUUUCCAAUAUCACAAUGUCCUUACCCCAUGUAUCGGCAGAGGAUAUAUCAAUUGCUGGCUAUCGGAUUCCAAAAAAUACCAUGGUAACAGCAUUUUUUGCAUCCGUCCAUUUGGAUCCAAAACUUUACCCAAACCCUGAAAAAUUCCAACCUGAGAGAUUUCUGGGUGAAAACUCCGGAAAUGUGAAUAAAAAGGAAAUGAUUAUUCCUUUCUCAAUAGGUCCACGAAUUUGUCCCGGAGAAACAUUAGCAAAAGCUGAAAUGUUUAUAUUAUUUGCAAAUUUGAUUCAAAAAUUCAAAUUCUGCAAGGCGUCUCCUGAUGACGAAUUGUCCUUUGACGGAGUGACGGGUCAGAUCAGAUACGCACGUCCGUACAGGGUCAGGGCGGAACCCAGAAACUGACCGUCGAUGGAGGGGCUUCUUUCACAUACAUGAUGUAUUCGGUUUAACAUUUAGGCGCAUUAUUGUACAUAGUACAUAGGAAUAUCAAGUACCGAGGCUCGUUCAAACUUUCUCACAGCGAAUUUUAAUGAGUAGCAUGCUUGUUGGGUUUUCCUGUAGCAUUUUAAUGUCAACGCAACAUAAAUCAAAGUACUGAAGAACUGACGGGAGUUGAUUUUGUCGAUGUUUAUUUAUUUUAAAAUCAAUGAUAUAUAUGUUAUUUUGCAUGACAAGUACAUGUAGUUUUUAAUUUGAAUUAC